AAACGAAAACACUGCACACAGAAGAACACAACACGAACACAGUGUAGAAUUAUUCGAGUUGCGGUGGGUAACCAUAAAAUUACGUCUCGUCUAGAUAAAAAUAAAAUAAAAUAAAUAAACAAAAAAAAGAUACAAAAAUAUUAAUAAAUUUGUAGGAAAACUCCUACGCCAAUUAAAAAAACACCUCUGACCUUUAAACACAAAAAAAAGAAAAGGAAAGGAAAGGAAAAAAUUCAAGUAAAAAAAUAUUAUUAAAAAUAUACAUAUAUAUAUAUAUAUAUAUAUAUCGAUAUAAUGGCAGAGGAAGUGCUUGUGAAAAAUCCAUCGUCCCUUUAUAAAAAGUGUCUGUUAAGCUAUGUGUCGAAUCUUAAUUACAAUGUCGCCACAAUGGAUCGUGUCCAACAGCUUCGUUUUCUGCCUCCAGUUGUUCUCAAAGAUAUUUAUGCCAAGAUGUCACGAAUAGAAAAACUCAAGAGUAUGCUUUUCGAGCAACUUUCAGAUUUGGAAAUAUUUUCUCGUCUCCUUAAUUUCGAUCCAUCACGCCAAAAGCUUUUCAAAUGUCUAACAUCUUUGAAUAGCAGUAAUAAACCAUUGGCAACACACUUACAAAAUAAAUACAUCAUGAGAUAUCGAUUAGCUCCGAAAAUGGUUGAUAAAACAACAUCAUUUGAAAUGAUUUCGAAAACUACAAAUCAAACUUUUGCCGAAGACUUUGAUAUGGAUGCGAUAGGAUUUGGAAUGCGAUUGGGAUCGUUUUUCUCAGAAGCUGGUCUUCUAUCGGAGAGUAUUAAUGUUUUGUCAUGUGUUGCGAGUAGAUUAGAACAGAUGUCAGAUGAUGAUACAACAACACUUGUUCGAUUGGACUGUUUACAAAGACUAUUACAUUCGGAAGCGGCCUUAUGUAGCUUUAAAUCAGCCGAACACACUUACAAUCAAAUUGCGGCAAUUCUAAAAAAAGUUUCACCCGAGAGCAUCCCCAAAGGUCUUCUAGCUAAUGUCUAUAUACAAAUCUCGUGCAUGUACUUUGCACGAAGCGAAUUCGAUAAUAGUCAUAAAUGGAGUGUAAGUGCUAUGCGAAGUCUUACAAGUUCCACAGCCGAAAAAAUUGCAGUUGAUGUAUUGCGACAGGCGGCGAAAUCUUGUGUGGUGAAGCGUGACUUCCACAUGGCGAAUAUGUUGAUAUGUCAAGCCAGUCGCAGAGCAAGAACUGUUUUCGGAAAAUACCACCAAAAAUAUGCGGAUACUCUAUUAGACUAUGGAUUUUUCCUAUUAAAUGUUGACUCUAUCAAUCAAAGUGUCAACGUCUACAAAGAUGCACUCGAAAUUAAGCGUCAAGUAUUCGGCAAUCGUAAUUAUCACGUAGGCUUGGCGCACGAGGAUCUCUCCUAUGCAUACUACGUCCAAGAGUAUAGCACGGGAAAUUUCCAAUGCGCCCGCGAACAUGUGGAAAAAGCUGUUGAUAUAAUGAAGGAUCUUGUGCCCAGUGAUCAUCUGAUGCUAGCAUCAGCUAAACGUGUCAAAGCGCUACUCCUCGAAGAGAUAGCUCUCGAUAAAAUGGCCGCAAAUGGGGCGGACGAAGAUGGGUUAUUGAAGCAGUCUGAGGAACUGCACAAGUGUGCAUUGCAGCUAUCGCUAGACGUGUUUGGCGAGAUGAAUGUACAAACGGCAAAACAUUAUGGUAACCUAGGGAGGUUAUACCAGACAAUGAGUAGAUUUGAGGAGGCAGAACAAAUGCACCAAAAAGCAAUUAAAAUAAAAACCGAAUUAAUGGGACCCUAUGACAAUGAGGUUGGCCUCUCCAUAGGUCACUUGGCCUCCCUAUAUAGCUAUCAAAUGAAAAAAUACCGUGAAGCUGAAGAGCUGUAUUUGCGUAGCAUUGAAAUAAGCCUACGAUUAUUUGGCAAAUCCUACUCGGGUCUUGAGUAUGAUUAUCUAGGUCUGUGCCAUGUGUACGAUACAUUGCGUGAAUUUGAGAAAUACUUGAAAUAUGCCUCGAUAUUGGAAAAUUGGCAAAUGUUGCGUGGCGAAAAUAGUAUGACAAAUAAACCAACAUAUCCUGACACAAGCGAAGACAUAUCCCUGGAGGAGGUGAAGGAACAAUUCUUCGAAAUGAGCUCAGAAUCAACUAAAUGAAAACCAACAAUACAAACAUAAAUCCAAAGACCUGAAAAUCGAAGUAUAACAUACUCGGCCUAAGAACCCACAUCCUUACCUAUUUUUGUUUUCGUCGAUAGAAAACAAAUUUUAUUUUUUUUAUUAUAAAACUAAACAGAAAAUUAAAAAAUAUAAUAUAUAGUUAGUUAGAUAUAAAAAAAAUCGAAAUAUAGUAUGUAAAAAAUAAAUAAACAUUAUGUAAAACAAAAAACAAACAUUAUACAAAAUGUACAAAUAUAUCCUUUUGUCUGCUUAUAAACAAAUUGUGUUAAAAUAAAUAAAAUAAAACGUCCUUUUUUUAUGUUAAAAAUAAAUAUUCUUUAAUAAAAAUAACAAAAAAACUGAAACUAUGGCAGAAUUAUGACCAGCAUAUUAAGUUUUGAAAUCUAUUUUCGAAAUUUCUAAUAUGAAUCAUUUUAUAACAACAAAAACAAAUACUGCCAAAAUAAAGAAAUGCAAAAACAAACUAUUGUUAUCCUUUAAAUACAAGAAUACUUAUAUUAUACCAUUUUGUUUUACAUUAUUAUAUAUAUAUUUUUAAAAAACUAUUUGUCUGCUUUAAUAAAAAUCAUUGUGUUUAAAAAUUGAUUAAGUAGACAUUAUUGUUGUUGAUUUAUUUUAUUUUUGUUUUAUUAUUAUUAUUUUCAUAGACGUAAGCAUAACAAAAGAAAAAACAAAACAAAAAUGCGCAAAUGUUUUUUGUAAAUAUUAAAAUUAAGCACAUAAUAGUUUUAAAAUUUGAAACAAGAAAAAACAAAACAUAUUAUGAUUAGAAAUCAAUGAUAUACAAAAUAACAUUAAAAAACUUAAAAAAAAAAAGAGUUAAACAAAUAGAAAAAUGCACUUUUCAAUUCAAUAUUUUUUUCUUCUUUUCUAUUGUUUCUUUUUUAAACAAUUUUUUUUUAAGUCAUAAAAGGAAUCUCAAAAUUUUGUUAUGAUUUCAAAUUUAUCCUUAGUUCAAUUCGAUUAAAUUUGUUUUCGAUUUUUAUUUAAAAAGAAAAAUUGUAAAUAAAUAUCUUAUUAAAUUUAGUUAGUUUUAAGUUAAAAAUGUUUUCUUUAUUUCAUGUUUUAUAUUUUUUAUAUUUUAGUUUCUAAUUUGGUAAACAUUUUAAGUAUAUUUUUUUUAAUCAUUCUUGAUGUGUUUCUUUUAUGACUGGCAACAUUAUUGUAAAAUAUCCUUAUAUUCUUUUUAUCUUAAUCGCACAAAAAAUACUAUAUAACCAUGAUUUAUUUAUCUAGAAAGGUUGUUUUUAAUAAUUUUGUUCAUUAUCACUCAGAAUCUAAGUUUGAUGUUUCAAAAUUAAACAAAAUAAAUAAAAAUAUUAAUUAUUUUAAGCAUUUCGUUUUUGAUAUAUUAAAACAAUUUAUUUUUCUUCCGUCACUCGUCACAUUACUAAUAAUAACACAUUAAAAAUUAAUUGUGAGAUUUUAAAUAAUGAUUUGAAACACGAAAAAAAAUGUACUAAAAUUAUCCCAGUUAAGGGUUUUUUUGUUCAACUUAUGUAAUGUAUAAUUUUUACUUUAUUUUUUUUUCUUUGCUCAACAAAUAAAUGCCUUUAUAUAAAACAAAAUAAAUUAA